AUGGUUCAAAGGCGUGGUGAGGUUGUGCAGUCUGUGCUGAGGGAGCUGCAGGAUGCUACAGAAUGCGUUGGUUUGGGAAGGCUGGUCAGUGCUGCCCUGGAGGUGGAACAUGCCCUGUCCAGUUUUCUCCUCCCUGUCACCUGUAACGAGGGCCACCCAGCAAGUGCUGACAUUGACUCAAUGGCUAGAUGCCUUUACCCACAAGAUGCUCCUGUCCACAUGGUCCCGCUGGCUUGCAAAGGAGAUGGAAAUCUUCUGUUCGAUGCAACCAGCAUACUCCUUGUUGGGAACACUAGCCUGAGCUUGGAGCUUCAAGUCAGGACGGUGGUGGAGAUGCUGCUUCGCAAGCGCUACUAUCUCCACGGUAUGAUAGACUCUAAAGUCAUGCUGCAGGCAGCCAGGUUUUCCUUGUGUACAGAGGAGUCAGCACAACAGAUGAACUUAUCCAUGGCGGUGUUAGAGGCUAUCUUUGAUGCUGACGUGAAAGCCACUUGCUUCCCUGGAACAUUUGCCAAUAUGUGGCAUGUCUACGCCCUCGCAUCUGUCGUUCAGUGCAACAUCUACUCCAUUUACCCCAUGCGCAACCUGAAGAUCCGCCCAUACUUCAAUCGACUCAUUCGCCCGAGGACCUGGCCACAGGGCUCUGAACUGAUGACGCUUCAUAUCAUGUGGUCAGGUGAACUGGAGUCCGGGUCUGUCUUCAAACCUCAGCACUUUGUGCCGGUCAUGCAAACCAAGGAUGCUCAGAUGGGGAGCCCAGAUGAUGAAGAGCAUGCCCUCCCUUUAAAGACUUUGGAGCUUUUGAACCGGGAUCCCCAGCUCUCAUACUCAAGCCUCAAAGACCGGUACAACAUCACAAAGAGUACUUUCUAUCGGUGGAAGAGGCAGACCCAGGAGCACAGAAAGAAAGCUGCAGCAAGGUACGAGGCGAAGCACUUCCUCCAGAUGUGCUUUGCAGAGGGCAAGCUGUUGCCUCUUAAUCAAUUUAAGGAAUUCUUUCCUGAAAUCUCCAGGUCAACAUACUAUGCUUGGAAGCAUGAGCUGCUCCAGGCAGGAGGUGGUGAUACUUUCAUGAUCACGAAGAAGCAGGAAGUAGGAGCUGCUGGAGAUGUUUUGGAGCAGGAAGGUUGGUCCCCUCCAGAAAGACACCCCCAGAAUUAUUACGGGAGUGUACCACCCCCCAACGUCCCGAUCAGCCCCAACAGUGAGAAGCUGGUUGGCGAUCGAGCCCAGAACUUUGCUUUCAUGCAGGAAGCCAAAAAGUGCUUGCAGAACUGUAUUGCAACGAACGCCCUACUUCCAUACAGGAACUUUAAAAAGAGUUUUCCUGGGAUUUCUAGGUCAACCUACUACAACUGGAGGAGAGAAGCCAUAAUGGCCAACCCUGGUUUUAAAGACGCCUUUGGCAGCAGUGAGGAUAGCUUGGAUGCAGAGAGAAGCCCUCUUGCAGAUGCACAGUGUCCAGUGAAAAUGGAAGCCCCUGUGCCUUUUGCUAAGGUGACCCGUGGCGAACGACAUAAAGAGAGUUUCUACUCCUCUUUUGAGAGACGGAAAAAGGUCAGAGAAGAAGCCAAGAGGUGGGUUCAGAAGUGUGGCCUGGCCUUUUGCCACUUCAAAGUCAAGUACCCUAUGAUUUCUUCGUCCUCCUUUUGGUUUUGGAAGAAGACCAUUGUGGUUAAGAAAGUGGAGAAAGCCUUUCGCUGGGAUGCAGACUGGUCCAAAUCUUCAGUUUAUACCCGCCCGGUUCUCAGCAGGCAAACCACGCUGGAGAGGGAGCUUGUGCCACCGUUCGAGAAGAGUAAUGAACGCUUGGACAAGAGGCCCUUCAGUCCCUACAAUGCAACGAUCUCGGCAUAUACGGUUUCUGAUAAGAAUGUGGAUGACCAGGUCUUUGUCAUGGAUGUUGUAGCCCUUGCAAACUUUAAGGCCAAAGCUAAGCUCUUCCUGCAGCAACGCUUUGAAGAAAAAUCCUUCCCCACGUUCAAGGAGUUCAGGUCCUAUUUCCCCCUCACUCCACGCUCCACCUAUUACAUGUGGAAAAGGGCUCUGCAUCACGGCCUUAUGUUAGUACAUGGAUGAAUUAACAAACUAAAGUAACAGCAAUGGGCUAAAAACCAGGUUUUCUUUAGCUUGUAAAUCAGAGUUAUUUCAGUACUUUUGUUUUUCAUGUAAAUGGUUUACUCUGCUAAAUUUAGUUUUUUUCCAAGCUUUUAAACCAGUUAUUCCAUGUCUGCUUACAAAUGGGUUUUCAAGCUUUUCUGCUCAGGGGUGCUCGAGGUGAAGUGGCACAGGGGCACUUUCUCACCUCCUUGGUUUUAUUCAGAUUGUUGCAUUGAGCUCAUGGAUUUGAACACACAACCCCCACUUGCUUGUUUUAUUAUUAUUAUUAUUAUUUGUUUAUUUAGCAGGCGCUUUUAU